ACGGAAAUAAAAUGAAAAUUAGUGUAGAAGCUGCGUAAUAAAAUUUCAAAAUGUGACAGAAUGAACACGUAAGCAAUCUCAACAGUAUUUGAACCGUUUCUUCCUAUAAAUCCCACCAUCUCUUCUCUUUCCUUCAUCUCUCUCUCUCUCUCAAAAGAAAUGGGGAACCUUGACAAAGCAGUUGCUGUUUCUUCUCCUUUCUCUUAUUCUCCACCAUCUUUCUCUUCUUCUUCGUCUUCUAUUUCACCAUCUUCUCAGUCUUCGCCGACUCUUCCUCCUCCUCCUCCUCCUCCUCAUCCUUCUCCUCAUCCUUCCACUCCAUGUGUUGUUCUUAGCCCUUGUGCUGCCUGCAAAAUCCUUCGCCGGAGAUGCGCCGAGAAAUGUGUUCUUGCUCCUUACUUUCCUCCCACUGAACCUUACAAGUUCACCAUUGCUCAUAGAGUCUUUGGUGCCAGCAACAUCAUCAAGUUCUUGCAGGAAAUCCCAGAGUCUCAUAGAGCAGAUGCAGUGAGCAGCAUGGUUUAUGAAGCAAAUGCAAGGAUUAGAGACCCAAUUUAUGGGUGUGCAGGUGCAAUUUGCCAGCUUCAAAAGCAAGUAAAUGAACUUCAAGCUCAACUGGUCACAGCCCAAGCUGAAGUUGUAAACAUGAAAUCUCAGCAAGCCAAUUUGGUUGCCCUAAUUUGCAUGGAAAAAAUGACACAAUCUCAUCAUCUUCAAGAACCCAUUUUUCAGCACCACCAAUAUGUUGACACAAGCUGUUUUCUAGAUGAGACCAAUUUGGGCACACCUUGGGAGCCCCUUUGGACAUGAUACAAAAACCCAAAAAAAAAGUAUAAACUAUGAUCAAGCCUUCAAGAGUGAGCAACAGAAAAUGGAAAAAAAAUAUUGAUUCAAUUAGUCA